AUGACACACGCCCUUGAAGAUGAAGUUCUAAUGCCACGCAAAACGAAUAUGACGCCUUCGGGUCAAUGUGAAAUGCAAAUGCAUUCUGUGGAUGAAGCCGCCAUGGACACCCUUUUGGCGGUGCUGGAGGAGCUGCUCUCUGUAAAUCACCUUCGACAACAUGCACAGGAGGCGUGCAAUGCCGCGACGAUCGACUCCGCCUCUCCGGCAGCCCUCUUGGCGGCUAUGGACGACAGUCUCACGGUACCAAUGUCGUAUUUGCUGACUCUCCCGGCUGUGCGGAACGCCGUACCAAGCGAAUUGAACAAUGAGAGGACGGCAGAUCUCUUUGCAGCCGCCACGCGCAUGUCACAAAAAGUGGUGCUGCGCAACACGCCGAAGGGAUUGCGACUCGGCCCCUUUCCUCAGGCCUUUCCCCGUUCUCGGUGCACACUGCACAUUCAAGGCGUGAGCAGCACAGUGACUGUGUCCGAUGUUCAAGAGGUGAUUCCACAACACCCCAUUUUUCACUUUUACCGUCUUUCUCCGGAUACUAUAAACAUUGCCUUUGAAAAUGCCUGGAGCGCCAAAGAGGCAUUUGUGUUGCUGCAAGGGAAGACUGUUGGUGGAUGCACCUCGGUCCAGGUAAAAAUGCGGAUGGAGAAUAAAAAACACCCGAAACUUGUUUCCCAACGACGAACUUCCAAGAUGGGCACAAACUCAGCAACAUCAACGCCUGCUAAUGCCAAGCCCACUGCUGCUUCUACGGCUGUUGCCGCUACUGCUACUACUACCACUAAUAACUCUGUUUCAUCUGUGGUGCGACUUGACGCAUCUGUGUCAUUUUCCAAGAUGGAGGACAGCUCUUUUGCUUGGUCAUCGUGGAGCCGACCACCCAAUUCCGAGACUAUGCAUCAGCCGUAUUGUUCGACCCAGCAGCAUCAUGCUGACAUGUCUCCAUUUGUUGGGAGACGACGGAUGUCUUAUAAUGACCCGAUGAAUGGGAUGUUUUCAGAACAUGUUUCCUCCAAUAUGAAUUUCAUGACAAUGCCGAGAUAUAUGUGGGAUCAAGCCGCCGCUACCGCUCCUGUUGCUACGACUGCCGCCAAUGUAAAUGAUCUUUAUCAACGACCAUGGGAGGAAAAUGAAUCACCAUCAAUGAACAAUACGGUGUUUGCUUCUUCGAGCAAUGGGAAGAGUGUGCGGUCUUAUGUUUUGACACCCCCGUGCCCGGUGGGCGACGACUACUCAAGUCUCGAAGAGAGCGUGUGGUUGCCUUUUGCUUCACGUCCAGACCCCGACAUUAUGGGGUGUCAUACGCCGUACAUGUUUGACGUGCUGCCCAGAGUAAAAGGUGGAAGAUGCAUGAAUGGACACAUGGAUAACAACCAACAUACCAGUAACGGGGCGGGGUGGGAAACACGCAGGCGCCGUGUUCAGCGAGAUCCAUACAAAGGGGGCAUUUUAGUCGAUAGCCCGGAGCUAAGUAAUGAUUUUUUAUCUACUUGCGUGUCACCAGGGUCCGUUGUAAACUACAAGCCGCGGCGCAUUGACUGCCGCAUUCUUUCCCCACGCAUGCUCCAUGCCUCGUCGUCUGAAGAAGCUGCUGAGCGACCAAAACUGGUGGUGUCUGCAACAGAUGACGAAUCCCCAACCCAAUUAACGCCCUAUGAAACAAGCAGCCAGACGCAGAGUGAAGCCGACAGCAGUGGACCACGGCAGAUACGAUGCGGGGAGAGCUGA